CACAAACGGCGAACCAAACUCCAAAAAUACUAAAACUGGCCUUCCUUGUAUAAAACCCACCCCAACACAUACGGUCCCAAUGAAUGAUUUCACUUCUCAAUCUUACUGACACACAAGCAUGGACCGUCAUUCCACUUUGAUCUUAUCUAUAUUACUCAACGCUUUGACCACAACCUUCUUCUCUCCGGUUUAUGCCGGAACUUUCGACAGAGAAUUCGAUAUCACUUGGGGUGGUGGUCGUGGGAAAGUCCUAAACAAUGGAGAGCUUCUCACUCUUUCUCUCGAUAGAGCCUCCGGAUCUGGAUUCCAAUCCAAGAAAGAGUAUUUGUUCGGAAAAAUUGAUAUGCAAAUCAAACUCGUCCCUGGAAACUCUGCCGGAACCGUCACUACCUACUAUCUAAAGUCGAAAGGUGAUACGUGGGACGAGAUAGAUUUCGAGUUUCUUGGUAAUCUAACUGGUGAUCCGUAUGUGAUGCAUACAAAUGUGUAUACUCAAGGCAAAGGUGAUAGAGAACAACAAUUUCAUCUCUGGUUCGAUCCAACGGCUGAUUUUCACACUUACUCUGUUCUAUGGAACCAUCAUCACAUCGUUUUCUUGGUUGAUGGAAUUCCGAUUAGACAAUUCAAGAACUUAGAACAUAGGAGAAUUCCAUAUCCAAUAAUGCAGCCAAUGAGGCUCUACUCGAGUCUCUGGAACGCGGACCAGUGGGCUACGAGAGGAGGGCUUGUUAAGACCGACUGGUCCAAGGCGCCAUUCACCGCUUCUUACAGAAACUUUAGAGCGGACGCAUGUGUCUCGUACACUGGAAAACCAUCUUGCCCAGCCGGUUCACCAAGAUGGUUGUCUCAUAGGUUUGAUCUAACGGCGGAAAAUAAUAUGAGGGUAGUGCAGAGGAAGUUCAUGGUUUAUAACUAUUGUACGGAUUCCAAGAGGUUUCCUCAAGGAUUUCCUAAGGAGUGUGGUAUUCACUAGCUUCACGGCUUGUAUAGUUAAUUAAUGGUACUUCGAAUGUAUGUAUUGUUACGUGUUUUCUUUUUCUGUGUAUGUAUUCAUCUUUUCGGUUUGAUAGCACAAUGACAGAAUUAGGAAAACCACUAAGGUACAAGCUAUCGUUGAGAGCGAGUUAUCGGUUUUGUUUUUAUUGUUUCAUUUACAUAUUACAAUCAUCUAAGUGUAUUCAAUGUUUAUUUUGGAUAUGUGUUGACCAUAUUUUGAAGCUAAAGACAUGUAUAAACGGUAAAUCUUAGCCGAAUCUUGUUUUUCAUUCCAUAAUAAAAAUAAUUAGUGUUUUGAACUUUUUAACUAUGAUUGACUGAAAUUUAUCGACCUGAAAAUGUAGAUUCUGAGUACUUUUCUUUUAAUUAUUAUUAAUCCCAGCAUGGGAGAAACUCGAAGAAUAAUCCACGUAGUUGCUUUAAAUAAAUAUGGUGACAGUUCUUACAUGUAUGCGGCUAACAUGUCUCCGUUCUCAAUUUUUGUUAAAGAAAACUGUCGGUCCCCAUUUUACCAAAAACAAAAACAAAUAUUUCAAUUUUCUGCUUAAUUAAUUUUACAAAUUAACUACAAAUGCUAUCCGAUCUUUUAAAACGUUUUUAUUCAAAACUUAUCGUAGGAACCAAGCUUAAAAACAAAUUUAGCUGAAUGAUAAACAUACGAAAAAAACAUUAUCAAAAUGAUACUAUAUAUAAUUAUAUGUAAGGUGAAAGACUAAAGUAUAUGUUUAUAUGUUAACAUAAUUAAUCAUUUAUAUAACAAUUAAUUAAAAAUCGUUAGUGUAAGACUACCACGUCCAUAAUGGGACUCCACGAACCUCUAAUUCACUCGUUUUCUAGAAUCUCACUCUCUCCUUAUAAACACCAAUCUCCGAUCAUAUUCAAACCAUCUGAAAACAUUUAGUUAAGAAACAACAACAACAAC